CCUCUACAGUGUCGCACGCUGUCAAAACAGAAAUCCACAGCAGUGUAGAAGCUAUCACAUUUGGUGGAAACUUUAAAUAUCUGCAUCCAAUAGAGGAACAGUCAGUCAUCAGGUCCAGCUUGUUAUUUCUGUCAUGGAUGGCAUGGUGAUGGAGGAGGAAGAUGACUGCCCGGAGUUGGUGCCCAUCGACACCCCGCCUGGUCCUCCUGCAGAUCAGAUACCUGUCACCAUCAUCAGCGGCUACCUCGGUGCUGGCAAGACUACACUACUGAACUAUAUCUUAACAGAACAACACAACAAGCGGAUUGCUGUCAUUCUCAAUGAAUUUGGAGAGGGCAGCGCCCUUGAGAAGUCCCUCGCAGUGAGCCAGGCAGGCGAGCUGUAUGAGGAGUGGCUGGAACUGAGAAAUGGCUGCCUCUGCUGCUCUGUAAAGGACAACGGCCUUAAAGCCAUCGAGAACCUGAUGGAGAAGAAAGGAAAGUUUGACUACAUCCUGCUAGAAACCACAGGACUCGCUGAUCCAGGAGCCGUGGCCUCCAUGUUUUGGGUCGAUGCAGAGCUCGGCAGUGACAUCUACUUGGAUGGCAUCGUCACUGUCAUCGACGCCAAGUAUGGACUUCAGCAACUAACAGAGGAAAAAGCGGAUGGACUCGUCAAUGAGGCAGCCAGGCAGAUUGCUGUCGCUGACCUGACCAUAAUCAACAAGACAGACCUGGUGAAUGAGGAGGAACUCGCUCAAAUCCGAGAGGCGGUCAGGUCUGUAAAUGGUCUCGUCAAGAUUCUAGAAAGCCAGAGGUCAAGGGUGAAUCUCUCUGAGGUGCUGGAUCUGCAUUCCUUCGACAGUAAGGAUGGAGCAAAUCUCGCAGAGAAGCUCCAGCUUGUGAAAGACACAAGACCACAUCUUGACAAGAGUAUUUUAACUGUGACGUUUGAAGUGGCCGGAGAUCUCUGUGAGGAUGCUCUGAAUGUUUUUAUCCAGGAGCUCCUAUGGGAGAAGAUGUUCAAAAACAAAGAGGGCCAACCCAUGACUGUCAUUCGGUUAAAGGGCAUAGUAUCAUUUGCAGGUAAAGCCCACCAAGUGAUGCUGCAGGGGGUCCACGAGCUGUAUGACCUGAAUGAGACUCCACAGCUUUGGGAGGAGAACCCGCGGAUCAACCGGCUGGUCUUUAUAGGUAGGAACCUGGACAAGAACAUUCUGCGGGAACAGUUCAUCUCCACUGUGGUUGAAGGAGCACAGAGAAUUUAGCCACAAACUCUUCUCUCCUCUUUGCAUUGAAACCUGAUGAUUAUGUGGCAGAGGUCAUGGCUUUUGGCCAUCCAUAAAUCUGGCAGCGUGUCUCAGACAUUUACACCUUUCCUACGUCAGAGGAUGGUUAAGGCUACAGUGGUGAUCAAUACAGUAGUUUCAAAUUGUGAUAAUCCACAAAUACCUGCUCUAAAAGCUACAGCAUAUCAAAGAGUGUUUAUGUUGCUGUAGUGUCUGAGCUAAAUGCUGUGUCACUCUGGAAAUAUACCCUGAAAAUGGACUCUAAAAUGUGAACACACACAAAGAUGCAACAGAUGCAAGGUCCAGAAAUUUGAAUCAACAAGAUGGCUUUGUAAAAUCUGCCAUUUUUUAAAGGUUUGGACCAAAGUAUUGUUAGUAAGUUGCAAAGUGACGCACACAACUUAUCAAGUGUGGUACAAGACUGUACUUUGUAAACAAGUAGACUUGCUUAUGUUUCUGGCUUUAAACAUCCUGUAAUUUUUAAAUUAUUCAAAAUAAAAAUAAAAAUUCCUGAA